UAAUUCGUAAUUCUUUUCCUUUCUUUCUUCAAUUAAAAGCAUACAAUCUUCGUAUUCCAGUACAUUAUUGUACUAAUUCAUCAUUUGUAUUUGAAGAAAAUCAUUCUUAUCUAAAUUACUUUCCUGAUCCUCGCGAUCUUUUAUUUUGGG